ACCCGCGAUCAAGCCAGCACAGCUACCUAGUGAAUAAUAGUAUAAUAAUAGCUUAGCCAUGGUCAAUCUCCAUCUGAGGUGGAAAAAGAAGCCGAAGAAUCACGACACCACUUGCUCGUGAGGUGACACACAGUCCACUGAGCUCUGAACUCGAUAUGGCAAGCGCCCAAAGGAAGUCUAUUUCCAAAGCGGUAUCUACAACUAAGACGGCAGCUACUACACUAGCAACAGCGCCUACCAAGGCUAAUGUCGGGCCACAAACCAAGCCGAAAAUCGGAGCGAAGAGUGCAGAGAUGGCCAAGGCUCUGGCGACCGCCGCUCAGUCCAAGAUGGCCACCACGAAGACUACGGGCACUACGGCGUGGACGACGACCAAAGCUACCACCGUCACGAUGCCGCCGUCGACAAUGAUAGAUGCUGAAAAGGAAAGGGAGAUGAAUUUAGCCAUGAAAGCCAUCGAAGCUGUUAAGCCUCUGCAAGAAACAGAGCUCGAUUUCGAACAGGAAUUCCACGAAGAGCCCAACCGCACGCUCAUCUGCAUGUCUUUUAUGGUCUAUGUGCUCUUCGUGUCCACAAGUUUGGUGUUUGCCCAAUACUCCUUCAGGAACUAUGAUUUGGAUCCGACAUACAUACGAACAAUAGCGCCAGCGUUAGGCACUGUGAAAGGUGCGAAGAUUGAUGGAGGCAGUGACACGACAUACUGGCGACGAGGAUUCUUAGAGCAGACCGCCGUGGCGGUUCGGCAUCGCCAGAUAAAGAACGACACUAACCAUAGAAAAAAUGAUACACUAACAGCUCGAGAAUCAGUGGAAACCGAACCUCAGUUCGAGUUGGAUGGUCCAGGACAGGCAGGACGAGCGCCGAUGGACUACAUUUCCGAAGUGCUGUCCGGUAGGAGAUUCGGAACAAGGAAGAACGUGUCCCUAGAGAACUCACCCAACGUACUGAAACAGGACAAGGAUUACCUGCCCGAAAUCCUGGAAGACGGCCAGAGCUGACCAUAUCCAGAGUCACCCACGUAAAAUAUGGCUUUCAUCCUCGCCUGGCGUGCAUGGACGAUGGACCGUACUUCGCCGCUUUCUUUACAGUUCCGAAGACUGGAGAGAUUCGUAUUUUAAUCUGCCUUCAGCUGCAUGAUCUGCCUCUUUUGCGCGAGUCUUCUCCUGGUCAAAGGGGGCUUUAUCUUACCAUAUGUGAUCCCUAAUAAAAUGCUGUCAAAUAUG